GGGAGAGGCCGGAGCCCGCCCAGCUCGAGCGAUGAUUCGGUGCUCGCCCGGCUGCCCCGCACGCGUUCGCAAUGCGAGCCCAGGGCGGGAGCGCGAGGCUGCUGCCUGGGACGGUGGGAAAUCACGUGGCCCGUCUGUGCUGCUGCUUAGAGGGCGAUAGCCUCUGGCUGCUUUGGGGCAUCAGUUGGCAGCUCCUCGCCGAGUGAUGGCCACCCAUUGCUCCCUGCCUCUGAGGGGAUGCUGAGUGGGUGAGGGCCCCACAUCCAUGACCUCAGGCUGGGCCCUGCCAGACCUAGGGCAUCCCCUCCCAGGCCUCAGCCCUCUCUGCAGCGUUACCACCAGUAUUGCUAAAGCUGAGCAUUAACAUACCCGGGUCUGCCCCAACCUGCCAGCCCCCACCCACCUCCGAAAAAAAAAAAGGAAAAAAAAAGAAUUGGCAGGAAGGCGCUUGGCAACUUCUCUCCAGGCCAGGUACACUCCAGUGGUAACAAUCCAGCCAUAAGCAGCAUUAGCUGAUAAAGAACAGCAAAAUUGCUAUGCAAAAUUGACUAAUUUAAAAAAAAUCUAAUUAUAAAAUUAGUGGAUGAAAUGGAAGUAGUGGGUAGAACAUGUCUUGACUCAUCUUCAGCAACGCAUCUGAUAGUAUCUCUUGAAAUCUUCCUCCAAUAUGUCAGGGCUUGCCACAGCAAAACAUCUGUUGACUUCCUUGGGGAAAAGACUGGAUUGAAUAUUUGCAGUGUCUCAUCAAUUGUAAACUCUGAAGUACCAUCAAAUGGAAGAGAUUCUCAGCUUGGACAGUGGCUGAAGGGAUUGCUCCAGAAUUCUUGCUUAUUCCCAUUGAUUUUUAUUAUUAUAUUGCAAAGAAGCUGGCCUGUCCAUAGCAUCCCUGAAAAUUCAUCCAUCUACAUAUCUUUUACCUACCUGGUGUUUUUUCCCCACUCUACAUUUCCUGCAUGAGACUUGAACUUGCUGCUAACAAAGCUUAUAUGGUGCCAUCCUUUGAGCUUCCUGUGGAUUGCUUUUUGGAUUACCUGUUCACACAAUUUUCUUUAUAGUUAUCAUUGCUGCCAGGAGCAUCAGUGAGUUGCAAGCUCUGAUGGUGGUGUUACCUUAAGAGCCAAGUGGUCUUACAUGCCAACCCAAAAUGUAUUCCUAAAGUGUGAUGGACUUUCAUAUUAACCCAUCUAUCUCCCUCCUGGUCUUCUUCCCCACCUUGCACUCACACCUGGGGAAGACCUGUCUCCACAUCUUAGAUGUGAAGAAUGUAUUUGUUUUUAUCUAGACUAGGGAGAGAUAAGCCCUCCCAAAAGUCCAGUAGGUUGUUUGUGGUGUAUGAGGAGAAAUGUAAAAGGCAGGAUCUCCACUCACAGAUUAGCCAAGUAGAUUAUUUUAUGCAUUUGAUUGUGCUAUUAUGUGUCUAGGAUCCCUCACCAACAAGAAUUGAGGCCUACACCACUAGAGAUAUGGAUGCUUCUGUAGCCCAUCUUUAGGCUAGUGCCCAUUGGUGAGACUUGCAGAGCAGAAACUUGAAGUUUAAUUCCCACCUUCACUAAGCACUACCCCUUAGACUUAAUCUCCGGUUCAAAUGCUGAGGUCUGAGAAUUUGGUGCUUCAGCCUCUGUUCAUCUUACAACUCCUCAGCCCACCUUCCAUCUUGGAUGGUACUGCUUCCCAGACACCCCCUAAUAGUGGUUCGGUGAGCUUAUCAUAAGGGGUACCAAUCCCUUAAAUAUGAAUGCACAGAAUCAACUCUUAAACAACAUUACCAGUAAUAACCUUUCUCUCUUUUUCUCCAAGAAAAUUCUCUUGCAGGAAGUUAUCUGCAACCUGGGACUGUUGACAGCAGGAGCAGCAUGUUUUCCUUAGGAGACUGGCUAGGCUGACUUUCUGUUUAUAAAGAAACAGCCCUCAUUGGUCUUGCAACAAGCAAAAGAGACGAGUGAUGCCCAGAGGCCUCAGUGAGAGUCAGGACCCGACUACACUAGAGGCACAACACACAGGAAGGCAUGGCUCCUGCUCCAAAGAGAUUUCAAUCUAAUUUAAGACAAGUUGCAACCAAUGAGUGUGAUAAAAUAAUGGGAGCACUGGAGGAGAGAAGAAAAGGUUAACAGUCAUAAGCUAAGGCUGGUACAUAGGCUUACUGUGUGCUCAACUUGAAGGUUUUAAAUCAUCAGAGAAUGUACAUACAUACAUGCUCCUCUGUGUGCCACAGUUGGAAAGAUUGGAGUAAAAAAAGAACUGAAUAAAACAGCUGGGUUGUGUGCUAAAGGCAGGCAUUGGGGUAGUGUGAAGCAAAAGGGCUCUGCUGGAGCACAGGCCAGGGAUAUCAUUCACAAAGAAGCCAUAAAACAUCAAACAGGAGAACCCAGACUGUUUUAUCUGCACACUGGUCAUUGUAAAAGAAGAUGCUGAAGUUUUGGUGCAUUUUCCUCUUAAACUUUCUCACCCUGCAGCAUGAUGCUAACCCUGGACUCAAAGUGAGGAUUACACAAAAAGGGCUGGACUAUGGGGCUUAUCAGUCCAAAUCAUGACCUGCAAUACAACUGCCAUGUACUAUCUGAACAGACUGGGAGGAGCUUGGUCCCCACAGCUCUGCAAGGAGGUGAUGAGCCUCUGGGACUUCUGCAUGAAGAUAGGAUGAAGGGCCAAGUAGUGUCAGCACAGACAACCUCCAGAUGGAUUACUUCCUGUAUUACCAGAUAUGCGGUGAAAAACAUUCCUCCUCCACAGAGACUCUUCACUCAUUCAACAAGAGCUCAAGCUACAUCGGUAGCUUUCCUGAGUGAUGCUCCAAUUCUGGACACUAGUAAGGAUUCAUCCUCGGUAAUAUUCUGAAGGCCAUGACUGGUAAAAAAUGGAGAUGGGAGAGGAAAAGUGAAAACUUGGGAUUUAUUACUCUAACAUCUUACUAUUCCACUUCUCCCUGGCCUACUCCAAUGUUGGCUUUUUUGAGCAGGUCUCACUUCUGGAGAAUUUCCUGUCUCAUGUUUUACAGAAUGAAGCAAUCCCAGCAGCCAAUGGUCGCUGUGAAAACAGGAAAAGAUGCUGAAGUUUUGGUAUUUUUUCCUCUUGUUACAUUUGCUCAUCCAGCAGUUUGAUGCUAACCCUGGGCUCAAAGUGAGGAUCACACAGAAAGGGCUGGACUAUGGCAAGGAGAUCGGGCUGGAGAUCCUGAAGCAAAGAAUAAAAGAAGAAAGCUUCCCAGAUUGGAGUGGCCGGGAGAAAUCUGGAGUUGGCGAUGUGGACUACACAAUUUCAGGGGUAAGAGUUAACACCAUUGAAUUCCCAGAUGCUUCCGUAUCCCUCAUACCCGGGAUUGGGAUUAAACUAUCAACUCAACGUGCUUACGCAACCAUCAGUGUGAACUGGAGCAUCAGGACCUGGUUGUUCAAAGACAGCGGAAGUGGUACUGUGUCCAUUUCAGGAGUAUUUAUUACAUCAGUCUUUACCAUGUCACAAGAUAGCACAGGUCACCCAUCAAUGUCACUGGACAGCUGCCAGAUGAGUAUUAGGGGUGUGGAAGUCAAGCUGAAUGGAACAAUCAGCUGGCUCUAUAAAUUCUUUACUAAAUACCUGGAGAAGCCCAUUCAAAGGAGCUUGGAUACACAUUCAUGUCCAAACAUCAGACAAGGGAUCCAGCAGAUUGAUGCACAGCUCAGAACACUUCAGGUCCCAACCCAGAUCGAUGCCUUUGCCCAAAUAGACUACUCCCUAAUUAACUCUCCAGGAGUCUUCCAAUCAUACAUUGAUCUGGACUUAAAGGGCGCAAUCUAUCCGGUUGGAAAUUGGACUGACCUUGCCUUUGUACCAGCUCCCUUCAUUCUCCCAGACAAAAGUGAUUCCAUGCUUUACUUUGGCAUCUCUGAGUAUUUCUUUAAGUCUGCCUCACUGGCUUAUUACACAGCAGGGGCCUUCAACAUCACCAUCAUAGAAGAGCUUUCCAGUUAUUUUAAUGUAACAACAGAGACAUUUGGCAGCAUCAUUCCUGAGAUUGCCGAGUAUUAUGUAGAAGCACGGCCUGCAAUGUUGAACCUGAGGGCUGCUGCUGCACCUGUGGUCAGUUUACAGACAGACACCUUUACUCUAGAGAUCUGUGCCUCCAUGGAGGUGCUUGCUGUCCUGCCAGACUCAACCACCCAAUCCAUCUUUACAGUUAACAUAAUAGCGAACACCAGUGCCAGUCUGACUAUAUUUGAACAGAAGCUGAUUGGCUCAUUAUGUCUGAACAGAUUCCAUCUCUUCCUGGCCGACUCCACUGUUGGGUUCUUUGAGGUCUCACUUUUGGAGAAUUUCCUGUCUUACGUUUUACGGAAUGGAGUAAUCCCAGCAGCCAAUGCUAAACUGAAGAAGGGAUUCCCUCUUCCUAACCUGGACCAAAUUACCCUCCUCAGACCUGUUGUUAAAGUUAACGAGGGUUAUCUGCUGAUUUCCACUGACAUUGACUACAAGCUCUAAGGAAGGAGAGCUCAUUUGAAUGAUCAGGAAGUUCCCAACCAACAACAUGACCCUGAAGGCUGAACACUGUCCCUUUGUUUUUAAAUUUCAAAAUUCUGGAAAUGAGCAAAGUCUUCGCACUUCUGCUCUGAUUUGGGCAAAAA